AUUGUGCGUAGUAACGCGCGCUUUUCGAGCAAGAAGUUUAGUCCUAACGUGAUUUGCAUUUAUCAAACUUUUGCUGUGUUCUUACGCAACAAAAGUACCAUUUCAGUUCUAAAGAAUCUAUCCUGAGCUAUACGUUCGGUUCCUGCCUGAAGGAUUUGGUGAUCCCCUGCUACUAGACACGGAAGCCUGUUAAGCGAAAGCUUCUAUUCCGUCCACAACCAUUUGAAAAUGAGUACAAAUUGUAGGCAAGGGAAAGUCGAGGUUAGUGAUCACUCGCUAUUAUCUGAAUUUAAUCAAGAUGUUUGUCUUCAGCUUAUUAAUGGUCAGAAGGUCGGAAAGGAUUCUGAAGCCCAAAGUCAUAGUAUUUUGAGUAAUUAUUUCACUGAAGAAAUAAAUUCGGACGAUCCAUUCGGUUCUGUUUGUGACUCAAGUCCUAAUGAAUUGGUAAGAGAGCCCAAAUCACCUUGCAAUACUGAUCUAUCAAAGUGCUCUCAGUUGGAUCCUAAACAAGAUGUAACGAGUUUGAACCGUCUAAGACAACGAGAUGCCUGGUUGCCUUCUGAAUCUACUCAAAAAGCAUUAUUGAGUCCAAGUCCCGAAAACAAGUUAGUUGAGGUAAAACCUAUUCUCAUGGGCAAAGAUUAUGAGAUUGGCGGUAGUGGUAGCACUUCUGCUUUUGAUCCAUUCCAUUAUUUGUUGGCUCAGUAUACGGGCGAUGAACCAAACGUUAAUGCAAUCCAACGGGUUCCGUCUAUUGAACUGAGGAGUCAAAGUGGUGAUGAUCUCAAAAAAUUAAUUAACAAUGGAUGGUAUACUUGUGCACUGAAUCUUACUUAUCGUAUUCUUUCAGCUGCUGGUUUUAAAAAUGACGAAAGUGAGGCCGUUUUAUCUCCAUUUACUGCUCAGAUUUGGUUGUGUCGAUUGGCCUUAUUAGUUCGUACGCAAAAUUAUAAAUUGGCUGAACAUGAAUUUGCUACUUUUCAUAACAUGGAAGCACCGAAUUUCUAUUUUGAAUAUUCUCCCCAAAGAUAUCCUGGACGGACAGGUUCUAUCAUUCCAUUUUCUUUAAGACUACUUCAUGCUGAAUUACCUUUUAAUUUAAAUCGUACAAAUGAAGCAUUAGAUCGUCUAUAUUACUUAUUAGCUAUUAUUGGUCGAAUGCAAAGUAAUUUAGAGAAAGGCUUUAGAGAGGAUGGUUCGAUAAGCGAACCAGAUCUUGUUUACCGACAAGCCUCAUUAAAUCUAUGGACUGCUCGUAAAAUUCGGUUAGAUUAUCAAUCAGCACUAAAUAUAGUACGUCAAUUAACACAUCUAUGCAGUGAUAAUCAGGUUGUGCUUAGAGGAUUCUGUAGUUUACUUGGUCGUGUCCAUUUGCAGUUUGGGGAUUUGCAAACGGCUAAAGCACUUUUCGAGAGAUCGUUACCUAAUGCGGAAUUUCCACUGGGCUAUAAACUUCAAUUACUGAUUCUACAGAAUUUUCAUAAUGCGUUGUUAUCGAUUGGUAAAGGGGAAUAUGAAGAAGCGAUAAUGUUCUUUGAAACUGUUCUACAAUUAGAUCCUACAAAUGUGGCAGCGGCCAAUAAUUUAGCUAUUUGUUCUUUAUAUGUUGGACGACUAUCAAAAUCAAUUGAAGUGUUGGAAGAUCUAACAACAACUGGACUAACUAGUCAACCAAGAAACAAUUUAGGCGUUAUUACAACUGCUUCAACAACUACAGGAUUUUCUACAUCAUUCAUGUUCAAUGCACGAUGUCGUCGAUUCUGUCUACAUGAUGUAAUGAUUUCAAAUUUAGCUGUAUUAUAUGAGGUAGAAUCAGAUCUGGCCACAUUGAAAAAAGUAAACUUACUGAAAAAGUUGAUUGAAAUAUCUGGCGAACCAGUGCACAUAUCAUCAUUUAAAUUAUCUAUGAAACAAUAAAACAAUAAUUAGUACGUAAUAUUAACAAAUAUCUUUCAUUCUAAAUCACUUGAAUAAAAAAGAACAUUUAUUUGAUUGAUGCCUAUAAAAACAUUGUUAAAGCUAACCUCCAAAAUUAUAUCUCAUAUUAGAACAUAAUAAUUCACUGUUUCGGUUUUACUUACUUACACCUGUUACUCGUGGAGGAGCAUAGGCCGCUCAGCAGCAUUAUCCAUCCAACUCUGUCCUGGGUAAUCCUUUCCAGUUAUAUAUCCAGUAUCUGCCUCCGAUUCCUGACUCAAUGUGUUCUUUGGUCUUCGUCUUUUCAUUAACUCUUUGGAUUUCCAAUUUAAUAAGAUUGUCGAAUUUUUACCACUAGAAUAACAGACAAUUUUGAACGCACAAUGGAUGUUAGACAAAUAGAAACGAUAAAGCAGUUAGUAUUAUCUUAUGAAUUAAAAGAACACGAAGUUCAGUGAAUGGAUUUAUCAUGUAAAAUCGUAUAUGUGUGAAAAAAACUUUCAAGAUUAAGGACGUAUGAGCAAAGAAUACAUAUGAUGAUGUAAUAGAAAAGUUAUGAUACCGGAUUAUAUAAUAUAAGCAGUAAAGAUCUAAGAUUGUGUAUGCAAAUAGAAAGGCUUGUACGUUGACAAUAGAUUUUAAUCUGAAAGCAGUAAGAUAAUUAAAACGUUCGUUACUAUAAUCAAAAGUAAUAGCGGGGUUAAAUGAAAUGAUGUUAGAAAGAAUUAUCGAUAUGAGAAAACACUAAAGAACGAGAAUAUCAUCAAGUACGAAAUACAAUAAUGAUCGUAGUUAUCGAUUUCUAUAGCUGUUAUGACUUUCUGUCCGGCUUUUUAUCACGUGAUUUAUGCGCCAAUCAGAAUACGACUUAUACAAUCUCAGCACUGUGCCUAACCGAUGACGUUUGACCGGUAUGAGCAGCCUAGCGUCCAAAUUGGUCCUAUGUUCGCCUAGCUCGUCCACUUGAGUCCAGAACAACAAUACCAGCUUCCACUAUGCGAAUCAUAUAUUUCAAACAUAAUGUGUUUAUAUAUCAAACAAAAAUCUGACUCCCCAAAGAUGUUACGACUCCUGGCCAUGCAUAGUUUUCGAAUUCUUGUCUAACUGCUGAAACGCUAGAUCCUCUAGAAAAUAAUAGUGAGGAAAGAUGAGUCAGAGUCCCUGUCUCCCAGCUGAUGUUUCAAAAUGCUAAGUUAGUGAUAAUGGAAGUCACAAUGUCGAACCAUUCAGACCUAAACUCAACGGCUCAUGUGCUGACGCUUCCCACAGUCCUGCACAAACACAUAGACGAUACAAUGAGAACUUGAAUCUUUUGAAAAUGUUUUGGUAUUCAAAAUAUCACCCCACCAACCAGUUUCGAUUCUCAGUUGUACGCCCGUGUCAGCACAGAUUCUCAAAGACUGCUUCCUUCCCUAGUGAAUUCUCUAACAAAACUUUCCAAACUCCCUUCACAGUGUACCUUCAGCCUGGAAAAUAAAUUAAAGCCUGAUGACGAUCUAAUUGAAAAAAAACUGUUCGCUUAUAUGUGUUGUUCUAAUUUUCACAAUGUGAAUCUUUAAUAUUGUAAAUUACAUUUGUUGAGUCCAAGCAUACACUUCAAGAGGAGCAGCAAUUAGCAGUAACAAUGUUGUUUAUUAUAGACACUAAGCUGUAAGUUAUUAAUUGAAAAGCAGUUUUCUCGUAGCCACUGGUGAAGUGGAACCUUGGGAAAUUCAUUGGUUGUAUAAAUUGAGGCGUACGCAAAGGCCCAUUAUUG